GAGUUAAAUUCACUUGAUAAUUUUGUGUCUCUGUGCUGAAAUUUUGCUUCUGGUUAACCAUUUUAAACUAUUGAUUGUUUUACUCGGUGAAAUUUUUAUAUUCAAUUGUUAAUUGUUAAUCAAAAGUGUUGAUUGUUAAGCAAAGAAAAUGGCUGAAAAAUUAACUAAUGAUCUUGAAAAUCUUAAUGUUAACAACGAUGAUUGUGUUACCCUGGAAGAGACAAUGAUUGAGGAAAUUGUUGAUUGUGAUCAACCAUCAACAUCUAAAUUGUUAGGGUGUAGAGGUAAGAAUAUCGAUCACAAUUUAGUAAUAUUAACAAUUAGGAAAAACAUAAUUUAUAUUUCAGCUUAAUUGAGAUUCAAGUUUCUCGUUGACAAUUAACUCAAUCUCUUCCUGAUGUAAUCUUGGUUCCAAUGAUUUCGUGUUGAUUUUAAUUGCUGGAAAAAUGUAGAUGAUUAUUUUUAAAGGGAGAAAAUUGUUUACAAUUAGAUUAAUUGUGAUUUAAGAUAAAUCAAAUGAAUUGAAAUUAGAAAUUUUCACCUUUCAAUUGUAACUUUGGCUUUCGAUUUGGAUAAUAAUCAAUCCCGUUAAUCUUUCUGGUUGAACAAAUGGAUUAAAAAUCAUCAGAGAAGUACUUUGAUUAAUCCUUUCCCUUUCCUUUUUUAGCGAACAAUUAAUUAACUAAUUUACUAAUUGGGUUGUAUGUUUUUCUUUUUCUUAUUUUCUAACAGGUCACAAACAUCACCACAAAAUAAACAUCACCAUAAACAUGGACAUGGACACACUCAUGGUCACAAUCAUGGACAUGGUCAUGAUCAUCAUCACCAUCAUGGUCAUCAUGGAUGGCACGAUGAAAUGAGUGACCAUCACCAUGGUGGUCAUCAUGCUCAUGGUCAUCAUGCUGGACACAAGCACGACCAUGGACAUGGACACAGCCAUAAACAUGGACAUAAAAAUGAGCACGGCCACAAACACGGGCAUAAACAUGGCCACAAACAUGGACAUGAUCAUAAACAUAAACAUGCCGAUAAACAUAAUCAUGAAGAUAUUCAUGAUAAGAAAAUAAUCAAAGUGAUCAAGAUUAUUGAUGCCGAGUAAACAAUCAAUGUUAACUCUGGUCAGCAAAUGAUCACAUUGAAAAAAAUGACCAAUUGAAAGCCUGGUGCUUAUUGGUUUUUGGGAAUCUAUUGGAUAUAUAAUUAAGUUAACAUUAUGUAAUCAAGUUAAUUUGGGUUAAUCAAUAAAAUUUUUCUACUUGAA